GUUACGUCACUUCCUUUCUCCAUUUGUCAAACAUGGCGCUACUCCUAAGGACAUUAGCCCGUCAGGGUGUUUGUCUCUCCAGACCACAGUACAGUGUCCUCUACAGACAUGCUGCUCCAAUGGGAACCACAGCUAAGGACGAGAUGAACAAGUUUUGGGCCAAAAACGCCAGACUGAACAGACCUAUGUCUCCACAUCUCACCAUCUACAAAUGGUCCGUCCCCAUGAUGAUGUCCAUCACACACAGAGGAACUGGAGUGGGGCUCAGCGGAGCUAUCUCGGCUUUUGCUCUGGCGGCAUUGGUUUUACCAGGAAAUUACCCCGACUACCUGGACUUGAUCCAUUCGCUGUCCAUCGGCCCUUAUCUCAUCGGCUUGGCCAAGUUCGGCAUCGCCUUCCCUGUAUCUUACCACACCUAUAACGGCAUCCGCCACUUGUAUUGGGACAUUGGGAAGGGCUUCAAAAUCCCAGAAGUCUACCGCACCGGCUACACGGUUAUUGGUCUGUCCAUCAUCACCUCCAUAGCUGUGGCUCUUCUGUGAGCGCAAGAUGAAGAAGACGAGCAGAAAGCAGACGAUGAGCCGAGGGAGUUGAAGUGGACUGGAUGCACUGUGGGGGAUUUGUGUAUAUGUUCUGUUCUGGCCUCCUGCAGGCCCCAUUUCAUCAAAGUAUUAAAUAAAGGAUUAUAUUAUGCUGUACACAGAAAAA